GUGACUGGGUCGCGGAGCACCCUGGAAAGGUAGUCAGCAGGGUCCGGCAUGAGCGCGGGGUUGAGGAUGCUGACGCGCAGCCGGAGUCGCUCUCCACGAACCAGGCCACGCGGGGGUGGGGAGGAGCCCGCGUCAAUCCCGAGACGAGAAGUGGCGGCAGAAGGAAGAAAAAAACACAGGCCUGGGAAGUGUCAGCAGAAGACACAGAGGCUGCAUGUGGCUUAUGAGGCCUUGGAUGGUGAGAAAGGUGAGGGAGCUGAGCCCCUCAAGGUUUCUGCCUGGGAACCCCAGGGAUGGCAACAGCAGCUAGCCAACAUCCGCACCAUGAGAAGCAAGAAGGAUGCACCUGUGGACCAGCUAGGGGCUGAGCAUUGCUAUGACCCCAGCGCUCCUCCAAAGGUGCGGAGGUACCAGGUGCUGUUGUCGCUAAUGCUCUCCAGCCAAACCAAAGACCAGGUGACUGCAGGUGCCAUGCAGCGGCUGCGGGCCCGGGGCCUCACAGUGGACAGCAUACUGCAGACAGAUGAUAGCACACUGGGCGAGCUCAUCUACCCUGUGGGCUUCUGGAGGAGCAAGGUAAAAUUCAUCAAGCAGACCAGCGCCAUCCUGCAGCAGCACUAUGAUGGGGACAUCCCAGCCUCUGUGGCAGAGCUGGUAGCACUGCCAGGUGUUGGGCCCAAGAUGGCACACUUGGCUAUGGCUGUGGCCUGGGGCACCAUAUCAGGCAUAGCAGUGGAUACACAUGUGCACAGAAUCGCCAACCGACUGAGAUGGACCCAGAGGCCGACCAAGUCCCCAGAGGCAACCCGAGCCGCCCUGGAAGAGUGGCUGCCCAGGGAGCUGUGGAGCGAGAUCAAUGGGCUCUUGGUGGGUUUUGGCCAGCAGACCUGUCUGCCUGUCCACCCUCGCUGCCAGGCCUGUCUCAACCAGGCCCUGUGCCCCACUGCCCAGGGCCUCUGAGGGCUGUGGGCUGUGUUGCUUUGGCUUCUAUCUGUGAAGUGCCUUGUUAUCUUGCUCGGGGGUGUGGGGUGCAGCCUGUGAAAUAAAGCGGGGAAGUAU